AUGCCAUUGGUUUUUAAAACCUAUUAUCCUGCCUUCAAAGAUUUUUCUUGUGGUGUUGUUGGCGAAUUUGGCAUUAACCAAAAAGACACACAGGACGUUUUAAGAAACAAGUGGGGCGAAAAGCUGGAAAAAGUCCUGGGAAUCAACCCUAUUCUCAGCAAGGAUGACAUUUUCGGUAAACUCAGUGAUACACAUCAAGAAUCACUUGAAAAGGUUGGGCUAAAAUUUAACGAAUUUGGCGAGGUAGUUGUGGGCUGGGUUGAUGUUGAAAAAUACAUAACACUUUUUCUUCGUCAAGCAGGUGUGCAAAGUGCUAUAACAGCACCAAAUGACACUAUUAUUAUUAUGGAUUACACUGAUAGUUUCCCCUGA